AUUUUCAAUUUCGUUCUUUCGCAAAUAACAUUUCACAAUUGUGAAACUACGUUAUAUCCUAUUGGGAAUUCGUUCAAGAAAUAAUGAACCGAAACGUAAAUUGCGCAGUCUUUAAAGAGCCAAGAGCAUUUAUAAAGAUUCUGGAAAUAGGUGUAGCCAUUUUUGCAUUUUCAACAACAGCUGGUUAUUACAGCGAGUACAUAGUCAAUUCAAAACUUACCCCAGGUGGCAAGUGUGCUAACCAAACCUAUAACGAAACAUUAUUCAAGGUUGAAGGGAAAUUUCAAUAUCCCUUUGAUGAUGAUAUGAUAUAUAUCUCAUAUCUACAUGUAAUAAAAAAUUGUACAGACUUUAACAAAGAUAAAGUGCAUUUGGAUGUUGCAACCAAGCAUAAGAGUGAAGCACAAUUUUUUGUUUUCACUGGUGUGCUAUCAUUCUUAUAUUGCUUAUUAGCAUGUAUCUAUUAUGCCGCGUUCGAAAAUCAUGCUGAAAACAUGUACUCCACUGAUGUUGGAAGGUGCUCCUGGGUUGUUGUGGAUUUCCUCGUCAGUGUGGUAAUAACCAUAUUUUGGUUUGCUGGUUCUGUUGCUUGGGCUGCAGGCUUACCAGGACUCAAAGAUGACACAGACCCCAAAACCUAUACUGAUCAUUUUCCGCUGUGCAAGGGCUCUUUCACAUGUACUACUGAAAGGGAACCCAACUAUGCGACCUUAAAAGUGUCUGUUAUUCUCGGUUUUCUAAAUUUAUUUGUUUGGUUGGGAAAUCUCUGGUUUUUGUUCAAAGAAACUCCUUGGCAUAACCCUCGACGAGACGAGUUUCACAAUGAGUCACUUCAGUGAAACAUUUGGUCUGGUGGGAUUUUCGUGCACAAGAAGGACAAUAUUAUAGAUAUUUAUAAUAUUAUAAAAACUAGUUAGCAUAUUAAACGCUUGUUGUGAUGUUUAGUGGAGCGUGCAAUUCCAUGCUCUUUUCAGUAAUUUUUUUGUUGAGUCACCUUGUUUAUUCAUGUUCGAUCUUAUGAUAUCUGAAUAAUAUUUGAAAACUCUAAUCGCCUUUGUUAUGAACACCGUUUUGGGAUGCAUAUACCGUUAACUCCAUUCAGUUUAUAAACUAAUGGCAACACGCCCUCGUCUUUUACAGGGCGAAGCGCCAUCGUUAAACUGCAGAUUAGGAUAGCUAGAACACACUCCAGCUUUAUGUAAAAUUUCAGAAUUGAAACUUGGUUGGUCUUAAUAAUUCUAAUCCAAUGGUUAUGCAAAUAUAACAUUUUACUGAUUUUUGCAUUCAAUUAUAUCAUCUUUAUUUAAAACACGAAGUCCUUUUCACUAAAAAUUGCUCUUCAAUGGAGACAUGUAUC